AUGGGCCAAACGAAGGGGAAAACAACCGAAAAUCCAACGGACGCCCCCGCAAAAAGAGCGCCUCGCCCAAUUCUAUUCGAAUACCCGGCGCUCCCCGAGGUGAAGCUAUGUUUUCUCGUCAUGAUGUCCGUUAUGGUAUAUGCUUGGUAUGGCGUGUACAAGGCCAGCGAGACGUUCACGUUUAAAUAUAGCUACUGGAAAACCGAGACUGAUUUACCAUUAUUUGGUAAGAGAGCAAAGGAUCAAACAAACUGGGAGUGGUGGAAAUGGUCGCCGGCUGCGUGGAGCUACUUGCCGAUUUAUUUCGGGCAUUUUGUCGUGUUCAACCUGGGUUCACAAUAUCUCAGCGAGAAGCUGUUUGUGCCGUUAUAUACAGCCCUCUCAAUCACCGCCUGCGCGUACCACUAUUCGCCCUGGUUGACGUUCUGCUCCAUCGCCCAGGGCGCCCUCAUUUUCGUCGUCACCAAGCUGUUCAGGCACCAACUCGCCGUCUGGGCCUCCUCACUCCCUAUUAUGUAUUUUAUUAUGCACAAUACAUUUGCGCUGGGCGAGGAUGUGUUCUUCGUCUUACUCUUCGUCUCCUACACCCUACUCUCGUUCAUCUCCUACAAUCUGGAGUUGCUGCGCGAGCCGGUUAGAAAAGAAGACGACACCUCAGCCAAGCAAUUCCUGCGCAUGAUGUUCUUCGCCUUCUACCAGCCCUAUUUGGUGUCCCUGAUUACCGUAUAUCCUGACUUUGAACGUCAGCUGGCGGAGCGGAAAAAUCGGAAGCGCGACUGGCAUGGCACGCUAUUCUUCGGAGCGCGUAUCGCCUUCUGGUGGGCCCUGAUGGAGCUGUCACUGCACUUUUUGUACCAUGAGGCCAUUUUGAAGGAUCUGGCCUAUGCAAAUGCGCUGCCAAAAGAUCGAUUUGUGUCGUUGGGAAUGGCUUUAGGAAUGUCCUUCCACCUCAAAUAUGUGGUCAUCUUCGGCCUCCCCACCCUAUUCGCCAAGCUCGACAAUAUGCAACCGCUCGACGGCCCAAUUUGCAUCGUUGGGGUUGUUUUGUAUUCAAAGGUGUGGCGCGCCUUCGACCGCGGCCUGUACCAAUUCUUCAAGCGCUACAUCUUCAUCCCAAUCUGCGCGCCCAGCUUCUCGCUGCCGCGCAAGAUUUGCGGAGUGCUGGUGUCGUUCGGAUUUGUGCUACUUUGGCACGGGUUCUACCAUCAUAACUAUGUGUGGAUCGGACUGAAUGUCGUUGCUUUGUUCAUCGAAAUGUCCAGCAAGGCUUUCUACGGGAUUGAGGCGGUGAAAAUGUGGCGUGAGAAGAACAUUUCGGACGUUAAUUUUAGACGCAUCCUUGGCAUCCUCCAAAUCGUUCCCUACGCCUUUGGGUUGUACUCAAAUUUCUAUUUUUUGGGCGGAUCAGAGGUCGGCCAACUCUUCGUGAGGCGCAUUUUCGAGGAAGAAACCGUAACGCUGCGAUGGCCCUUCUUUUUGCUGAUAUUCCUUGGGUAUUUCUAUGUGCAAACAACAAUGGAGGUCGACCGGAAAAAGGCGCUGGCGCUGAAGGAAAAGGAAAAGCCAAAGGCCGCA